UCCUUCACACCCUCCAUCCAUCACAUGACUCCUCUGCAACUCGCAACAAAUUAAAAGCAACUCUGUCUCUCUCUCUCUCUCCUGUCUGUGUUCAACCUGCCAUUUUCAGACUAGUACUGCAAUCACCAUUAAACAAAUCGAGGGUGCGAAGGCAUCAUUUCGCUAUCUCUGUUCCUGUUUCUCUACCCUCGCUUCCUGCAGCUUUUACCCUCUUCUUCCUUUCCUUCUCUGUGCUCUACAACCCAGAGAAACAGUCAAAUCCUUUUUUGCUUGCUUGGAUUCUGGCUCUCCCAACAAUGGAAGCUUUCAGCCUGCUCAAAUACUGGAGAAGAGGCGGAGAUCCUGGGGCCGCCGGAGACGCCGGUGCCAACAUCCACGCCGCCGCCGAAACCACCACAAUCGUCACCGCUGUGGGUCAUACGGCGGCGGAAAGCGACGAGGAGGAUGACGACGACGGACCUUUUUUCGAUUUGGAGUUCGCCGUGCCCGAGGAAGACGAGGCAGAAUCCGGUGAUGGACAUGGCGAAUGCGAGACUGACGAAGAAGAAGAAGAGGAAGACGAAGACGAAAGCUCUGUUGACUCUGAAGAUGGUACGGACGACGAGAAGGAGCUCAAUUUCACUGACCCUAAUCUCGCGCUUUCUCCUUCCGAAGACCUCUUCUUCAAAGGCAGGCUUGUACCGAUUGAGCCUUCGUCGCUCGUCUUCAACGGGUCGGAAGCAAAUUCAAAGACCCAGUUCGCGUCGUUGUUGAAAUCCGCCACGAAGUUUCGAGUUUUCAUGUUGCGUUUCAAGAAAUCUAAAGGGGCGGCGACGGAAAAAACUGAGUCGAACGGAUCUGCCGAAGGUAUCGAUACUAAACUGCAGCAGAAGCAGGAAAGGGAAACGCAAACGCAGCAGAAACAGAGCAAGUUUACGGUGAAGUUCAAGGUUGAAGAAGUACCCAUUGUGUCUCUGUUCACCAGAGACAACAGUUCCAGAGUUUCUUCCGGCAAUAAAUCGCAGAAGCAGAGCUCCGCCGAGUCGGCUUCUGAGGAGAACAAGCGAUUCUCAAAAGAGGCGAUGCAGAAGUACCUGAAAAUGGUUAAGCCUCUGUAUGUUCGCGUCUCGAGAAGGUACAGCGAGAAGCUAAGGUUGUCCGGGCAACUAAGCUUGGGGUCAGGACAAAAGAGCAAGACUCCGCCUCCGGCGAAGUCAACGAGUUUGAAAAGUGAGCCAGAAACAGAGACAGUUGAAACACCGAAGGGUGCGGGCAAUGUGAAGGGUCCGAAACAGGGGAACAUCCCGGCGGGUCUGCGCGUGGUGUGUAAGCGUUUGGGGAAGAGCCGGUCGGCGUCGUCGGCGGUGGCGGCAGCGCCGGCUACGGCGGUGUCGUCGAAGAGAAGAGAUGAUUCGCUGUUGCAACAGCAGGAUGGGAUACAGAGCGCCAUUCUACAUUGCAAGAGAUCCCUGAAUGCUUCUGGAGAUUCGGAGAGUGCUCUGUUAUCAAGGUCAUCGAGCGACCCAUCCCACGAGAAAUUAAUAGAGCUGUCGAGAAAUUCUGCAGGGGAGACCAAAGGUAGUGCUGCUUUGGCUUGAAGCUCUCACUAGUCACUGCCGGGUAAAACCAAAGGGGUUCCAUUUUUGGAGAUUAAGCUAGAAAAACAGCUGGAAAAUGGAUUGGGUCAAAAAGCAGCAGGGUGCUUUGAUGGAGGUGGGUCUUAUCCAUCCAUCCAUCCAUGGACAUCAUUCUCAAAUCAAGGAGAGAGAGAGAGAGAGAGAGAGAGGGGACUAGAAAAUGGGUAAUCAGUGAUGACUCAACUUGGGUGGAUGUGUUGUAAAAUUUUAGGAAAAUGGAUUAUUUAUUGGUAGCAGUAGGAGCAGAGUUUAGGGGUAGUAUGAUGUGAUGAUAUAUGAAAAGAGUAGGGAAGGGAGGGGGAGGCGUUGUCUGGUCUGAGUGAGUGAGAGAGUGUUAUCAUGACUGGUCAUUACUCAUGACUAUCGCCUACUGUCUCUGUUUCUGUAAUGUAAAGCUUUUCUCUUUCCUAAGAAGAUUCAUAUCUUCCCCCAUUAA